AUGCUCCCUCAAGCUCUCCUCUUCCUGCUGGCCCCUCUGGUGGUCGCGGAAGCCUCUCCCGACACCCCUUCAGACAUUGUAGUCAACUUCGACCGCAGCCUCGAGGGCCUAAUAUCAGUCGAGCAGAGAGAAGUCGAAGUCGUCGAUAAUGUUGGGAUCCCAUCCGAGUUCAGCACCCCGAAGAAGGGACUCGAUGCUGUAGACGCGAACAGCCUCCUUGACUCCCGCGCAGUUCUCGAUACUCUACUGAACAAGCGCCAAACUUCUUGCAGCCCCGGAUACGGUUAUUGUGCCAGCUUUGGACGCUGCUGCCCCUCGAGCUCAAAGUGCUGCCCUUACGGCUACUGUAUUCAGCCCAACGACACCUGCUGCCCCAAGGGUCCAUGCGACGGCGAUCAAGGAUGCUGCGGCGCCAACAAUUGCUACCCCAAGACCGGUGAAUGCUGCUCCGACGGAAGCUUCUGCUAUGCCGGCAACCAUUGCUACAUCAGCACGUCCAGGGGCCGACUCUGCUGUACGGAUAGCAAGUGCACGGCGGCUGUUGACCGCUACGGAACAACGACCUAUGCCAGUACCUCGACCUCGACCACCCGGUUGACCACUACUCGCGCCCAAUACUACUCCUGGACGUACACCUACUGGUACUGGUACUACUACUGGACCGUCUCCGUCCAGAUCGAUGCUUCCAUUGUCACGUCCACCCGCAGGACAACCACCACCAUCUUCAGUGUCCAGACCACGGACGCGUCCGCUGCCUCCUCGUACUUCAGCGAGCUCUCGAGAACCGUCACCGUCCCAACCCCCGCCGAGGCCACCAGCCUGGAAAGCCUGGCCGGUUCGACAUCCUUCGGCAGCGCGGCGACUCGGUCGAGCACGAGCAGCAGGGCCAGGUCGACCGCGGCUGACAGCACCGAUGAUGAUACCUCCACCGACUCCAGCUCAACGUCUUCCAGGAGCUCUUCCACAACCGCUGCUGGGACUACCUCUGUCGUGCAAGGCUCGCCUGGUGGCAGUUCGGGUGCCGCGCGGCUGUGGUCUGGCAUGAACGCGUCCGUCAUGGGCUUCUUGUCCUUUGGGCUCGGUGUGGGCAUUUUGGCCGUGAUGUUGUAA